AUGUCUGUCCUGGUGAGCUCGCCCGAUACAUCCGGGCCCGAACUACGCGAUAAGCACCCUGAAGCUGCAACACAGGACCCCAAAGAUGAAAUAGCUUCAAAGAUUUCUACUUCAAAACCAUCAUUCCAUCUAAAGGCCCCAAAUGGCUGGAUGAACGACCCCUGUGGCCUAGGCUACGAUCCCGCCACAGGUCUCUACCAUAUCUUCUUCCAAUGGAAUCCCCACGGUAACGACUGGGGCAACAUGUCCUGGGGCCACGCGACUUCCACCGACCUAGUUUCAUGGAAAGUAUCACCCACACCAGCUUUGACUCCAUCGACUGAGUAUGAUUGCUGUGGUGUCUUCACGGGUUGUCUGCAGGCUACAGAUAUCCAUGGGAAACCGGGCUCAUUGACAGCAAUGUACACCUCUGUCCGCCAUCUGCCACUCCAUUACACACUGCCUUAUACUAUUGGCUGCGAAUCUAUUGGUAUGGCUAUCUCUGAUAAUGGUGGACAGACAUGGAAGCGUCUAGCUUGUAACCCUGUACUUACAGGUCCCCCUGAACACCUUUCAGUGACGGGCUGGAGAGAUCCCCACCUUACGACCUGGCCGGAAGAGCAGAAGACGAACUCGGCGAAUCCCAAUCAACCAUUAUACGGCAUCGUGUCUGGUGGGAUAGUCGACAAGGCACCAGCUAUAUUCGUCUACAAGGUCAACCCAACAGAUCUUCGACAAUGGAAAUAUGCCGGCCUCCUCGUCAAUGUCGGUCUCAACUUCCAUCCAUCACGCUGGUCAGGAGACUUUGGCGUAAACUGGGAAGUUGGCAAUCUAGCAACCCUGUCCAAUGAGAUCGCUGACUCACGAGAUUUCGCAAUCAUGGGCGCUGAAGGAUGUCUCCGCGCCGAAAACUCACUCUGGUCAACACCCGGUUCAGCACAACACAAACGACAAGCCCGGGGACAGCUAUGGAUGUGUGUGAAACCACGCAACCUGGCUGAUAACAGCGAAGUCCUCGCCGACUAUGCAUUCGCUGGACACUUUGAUCACGGCUGCUUAUACGCCGCUAAUUCCUUCUGGGACCCUGUUACAUCCCAACGCAUCGUAUACGGCUGGAUCACGGAGGAGGAUUUACCAGAUGGGCCCCGUCAUCGUCAGGGGUGGAGCGGGAUGAUUUCGAUUCCUAGGGUGGUGCACUUGAUGACAUUGAGAAAUGUCACAAAAGCGCGUAUCUCGCAGUUGGAAGCUAUUACUUCCAUCGAGGCUGUUCCUAAUACAUCUGAGCCACGGACGUAUACGAUUCACACUCUGGGAAUCAAGCCCGAUCCGCGACUUUCUCUUCUCAGGGAGGGUGCUGAAAGGAGAUCAUUCUCAUCAUCAACUCUACCUAUUCCUCUACGGGACAUCUCCAACGAGACUCUUCCCUUGACUACAUGCCGGUGGGAACUCGAAGCCGCGUUCUCAAUCAACCAACGCUGCGAACGAGUCGGUAUUCAAAUCGCACAUUCCUCCGACUUCAAACAGAUAACAACCCUAUCCUACACCCCAUCCACAGAAACAUUCACAAUCCACCGUCCUACACUAGAAGACCAAACCAUAAACCACGGCUACGAGUCCGCACCACACACGCUAUUCACAUAUCUCAACGAGACAGGCGUCGAAAUCGAAGAAUCCCUGCAUAUCCAUGCUUUCUUCGACAAGUCCGUGUUAGAGGUCUUCGUGAAUGGGCGGACUGUUAUUUCAACGCGUAUUUAUCAUCCCUCGGAGAGGUGUUUUGGCUUACGCUUUUUUGCGGAGGGGAAAGAAGCCAAUGGUGUCCAUGGUACAUUUAAUGAUGAAGCGCCUGCUUCGCUUACCCAGGCUGAAGUUUGGGAUGGCCUUGUUGAAAGUCAGCGAUAG